AACACCCAACAUUUCAUCCCAUCCCAGUAUCCCAUCAUCAAACAGCAGAAACCAAAACCCUCACAAAACCCUAAUUCUCAGUGUGGAGGAGAGAGAAAGCUGCAACUUCAACAACAAUGGCGCCCAGAGAUAAAUCCCAUGCAUCAAACAAAAGGAAACGAACUGCGGGAGGUAAAAGCGAAGCAGCAGACAUAACCAAGAUUUAUAAGAAACCGAAGCAGCUCACUUCAACUAAUAAUAAUAACAAAAAACCCAUUCCCGCUAAACCCUUUAAGAAGAAACCUGAAAUUCCUGCUAAAGAUGGACCGUUGUCGAAAAAAGAGCUCCGUCAGAUUGCUAAGGAGAAAACCGAGGCAAGGAAAAAGAAGAGCAAGCGACAUUUUACGCUUGAGCAAGAGCUUGCACUGUUAUGGGAGAAGAUGAGGCGUCGUAAUAUAUCCAAAGAAGAGAGAUCAAAGUUUGUAUCUGAGGCACUGCAGAAAAUGAAGGGUAAAAUUCCAGAAAUUGCCAGCUCUCAUAUUUCAUCACGUGUAUUGCAGACAUGCGUUAAAUAUUGCUCAGACGUUGAGAGAGAUGCAGUAUAUGAGGAGCUGAGACCACAUUUACUCACUCUUGCUUCAAGUACAUAUGCAGUCCAUCUGGUGACCAAAAUGUUUGACAAUGCCUCCAAAUUUCAGCUGCCGCGCUUGAUCUCAAUACUUCACGGGCAUGUUGCCCAACUUCUGAGACAUAGUGUUGGGUCUAUUGUUGUUGAACAUGCAUAUGAAAUGGCAAAUGCAGCUCAGAAACGUGAGCUUCUGAUGGAACUGUAUUCCACUGAGCUCCAAUUGUUCAAGGAUCUGGCAAAUAUGAAAGAGAACAAGAUAGUUGACAUAAUAUCUAAGAUAGGCCUGAAGAAGUUAUCUGUUUUGCGCCAUAUGACUUGUGUACUCCAGCCAAUUCUGGAGAAAGGAAUAGUUGAUCACUCCAUUAUUCACAAAGCCUUAAUCGAGUACCUCAGCAUCGCUGAUAAGUUAUCUGCAGAAGAUGUUGUAAAACAAUUAUCUGGGUCACUCCUUGUUCGGAUGAUUCAUACAAAGGAUGGAUCGAGAAUAGGGAUGCUCUGUGUCAAGCAUGGUAGUGCCAAGGAAAGAAAGAAGCUUGUUAAGGGAAUGAAGGGGCACGUUGGUAAGAUUGCCCAUGAUCAAUGUGGCAGCAUGGUGCUGGUAUCUGUUCUAUCAACCGUUGAUGACACAAAACUUGUUACAAAGGUUAUCAUUCGUGAGCUACAACCAAUCCUGAGCGAACUUGUUUUGGAUAAGAGUGGGAGGCGUCCACUUUUGCAACUACUGCAUCCAAAUUGUCAGAGUUAUCUUAGUCUUGAUGAUUUGGCUUCUUUGGAUGCUUCCGUUCCUUCUCUUUCCUCAAAGGAGGCUGAAAAGGAAGCAGUUGACUGUGAGGAUAAGCUUGCUCAAUCUGGAGAUAAUGAUGAAGACGAUAAGAAGGAAGCUGAGCAUGACAUCAAAUUACCUGCUAGUGAAGCUGAUGAAAGCAUGGAACCUGAGGAAGAAGAUACCCACUUGGCUGAGGGAGGGAAAAAGGAUCCUUUAAUCAGGAGGCAGGAGUUGUUGGUGAAAAGCGGGCUCGCUGAGAGUCUCGUUGAUGUCUGUGUUGAGAGUGCAGAGGAAUUACUCAAGUCUAAUUUUGGAAAAGACGUUCUUUAUGAGGUUGCUGUCGGGGGUGUUGACGGAAUUCUUCGUCCGACUUUGGACGAGAAAUUGACAAGCCUAUAUGAAAAAGUGGCAGCUCUUGCAGCUCAGCCAAAAUCAGAUGAAUCAGAACACAUACUUGAGAACUACUACUCUAGCAGAACCAUCAGAAAACUUGUGUUGGAAUGCCCAACUUUUGCUUCAAUUCUUUGGCAAACAGCACUAAAAGGGAAUUCUAAGCUAUGGGCCGCAGGUCACAGUUCCAAGGUAGUUGCAGCGUUCGUCGAAUCUUCGGAUCCGAUGGUCAAGAAGUUGGCGAGCAAGGAAUUACAGCCUCUAAUAAGCAGCGGUGUUCUUAAAGUUUCCGAGAAUAAACCGGCGAAGAAAUAAAUUACCCCCCCACAACGGAAAUAAAAACUCGGCUUCUAUCCACAAUAUUAGCACCAAAAACAAAUUGCUGUUGAGAAGAUACAGAGUUGUCUGCCUGUUGCUGAUAAAGUUGACAUGAAACGUCCAGGAAGUGCUCAAGAAUGUCGCCGAUUAAUCAUGUAUGGCCUCGCCUUGUAAUCAGAAAUUUUGGUAACAUUUUAAUUAUAGUUUUGAGAUAAUUACGUAGCUAUUUACAAAUGUCCUUCAUUCAAAUUUUUGGUUAAACUUGCACAUCAUUUAAAGAUCAUUUUAGUCCAGAUUUUGUAAUGGUAAUGUCUGUUCUGUU